AUGGACUUACUUGGCAGGACCGCCAGCACCCAUCAUAUUCAUUACGUCGAGUUGCAGCCUAGACCGCAUGAAGUCAAUAUGCGUCAUCCCUCUGAGGAUUGGGCUGGGAUAACGGAUCAGAAGGAGCGAAAGAGGCUGCAGAAUAGACUGAACAAGCGAGUCUCAAGACAGAGAAAGAGAAAUCCCAGCGACGACGAAAACAUCUCCGAUGCCGUAUCCUUGGCAGCCGUGUCCUCCAACGCCUCGUCUCCCGAUACGUUCUCCUCCGGCGCCGUUCUAUCGCCAUCCGGCAUUGCUUCGGCAUUCAGUCAUUUAUCAAAGGAGGAUGCUGCGCGUGCCCGGGCCAUGCUCGAACGGUUCGCCGAGCAAGCUUUGAUGAGCUACGCGCGGGGCGAUCCCUCUGCCGAUCAUUACUUAAAACUGAUACAGCUCAACACCAUCAACGCAUUUACAAGUAACGCCGCUGCGCUGGGUUACCGAUUUGACUGGCUCGUUUGCGAAUCCAUCUCUCCUUUUGGCUACGACGGGCACAGCCAUCACUCCGUGUCUCCGAUUGCGGCUACUGUGCCGAGUAGUCUUGCCCCGACGCACCUGCAGUUGACAACGAAGCACCACCCGUGGCUUGACCUAUUCCCCCUUCCGAAACUGCGGGACAACGCCUUGAUAGCUAUGGCCUUGGCUCAUAAGAGGGUGCCCGGAGCUUAUAAUUUCUACAAACCGCUGGCGGCGUCGGCGAGGUGA